GCAGCAGCAACACGAGCAUCAAAAUUCAAGUGUCGGCUCUGUCUAUGAUGUUAACAGUCAGAUCGUAAUGGCGACUGCUGGAACAGCAGACAUGGGAUCAGCAGCCCCGACAGAUAUCAGGACUCAGUUCUGGAGGAGAGCGUUGCAGCGAGGGACCAGCAGCAUUCGAAAAAUGGCCCCCGCCGAGAUGCCCGGCUCUUCAGGCAUGAGUAUGAAGAAGACCAUUGGACACCGGGGCGUUGAGACUACCACAGGAGAAACUACUUACAAAAAAACUACGUCAUCUGCCCUAAAGGGAGCAAUCCAAUUGGGCAUCGCUCACACAGUUGGCAGCUUAAGUCAAAAGGCGGAGAGGGAUGUUCUCAUGCAGGACUUUGUAGUUGUUGAAAGCAUCUUCUUCCCGAGCGAAGGCAGUAACCUGACCCCUGCUCAUCACUACAGUGACUUUCGCUUUAAGACCUAUGCUCCUAUCGCCUUUCGUUACUUCAGGGAACUGUUUGGCAUUCGGCCAGAUGACUACCUGUAUUCUCUGUGUAAUGAGCCGCUGAUCGAGCUGUCGAACCCCGGAGCCAGCGGUUCCCUCUUCUACGUCUCCAGUGAUGAUGAGUUUAUCAUCAAGACUGUCCAACACAAAGAGGCAGAGUUUCUCCAGAAACUGCUGCCUGGAUACUUCAUGAAUAUAAACCAAAACAAGCGCACCCUGCUGCCUAAGUUUUAUGGACUGUAUUGCGUUCAGGCAGGCGGUAAGAAUAUCCGUAUUGUUGUGAUGAACAAUCUCCUGCCCAGAAUCAUCCCCAUGCACCUCAAGUAUGACCUGAAAGGCUCCACCUAUAAGAGACGGGCUUCCCCUAAGGAGAGAGAGAAGGCCGUCCCCACUCACAAAGACCUGGACUUCAUCCAGGACAUGCCUGAUGGCCUGCUGCUGGAAGCAGAAAACUACAAUGCUCUGUGCAAGACUAUACAGAGGGACUGCCUGCUCCUGCAGAGUUUCAAGAUCAUGGAUUACAGUCUGUUGAUGGGCAUCCACAACAUGGACCAGGCCAGCAGAGAAAAGGAGCGUAGUAGAGGCAGUUUGGUCGACAAUACGGGGUCUGAAGGAGCAGUGACCCCAGAUCAGCGCCGACCACAAGCCCAGAAAAGUCUGUAUUGCACCGCCAUGGAGUCCAUCCAGGGGGAGGCUCGAGGGAAGGGAGCUUUGGAUUCAGAAGAUCACAUGGGUGGUAUUCCUGCUCGCAAUAGCAAAGGAGAGAGGUUGCUGAUCUACAUCGGCAUCAUUGAUAUUCUCCAAUCUUACAGGUUUAUUAAGAAGUUGGAGCACUCCUGGAAGGCGCUGGUCCAUGAUGGGGACACAGUUUCAGUUCACAGACCUGGCUUCUAUGCAGAGCGCUUCCAACAAUUCAUGUGCAACACAGUGUUCAAGAAAAUUCCACUUAAACCAUCACCAUCCAAGAAAAGCCGCGGUGGAGGUCAGGCAGGGCUAAGGAGGGCGCCCACUCUUGGAGCACCCACACCGCUCUCCCACGCGACAGGACAGUCAUCUGUGGAUUCCAGACUAGUUUACCACUCCCAUUUUAAAAGCACAGAGUCCGAGGCGGACAGCGGUGUGCAGUCAGGAAGGCCGGAUCUGGUUCCUCGGACUCCUCCGCUGGUAGACAACCCUGCAGACUGCGAGGCCAAUCUGUCCACCUCAUCACAAGGCAGCACAGGAGUUGUCUCCACCUCUCCUCCCCUGCGCUCUGUAGGCGUGGAAGUGCACAAAUCGGCAAACACUGACUGUGACCAGGCUGUUUCCCACAGUUUGGGAGUAGAAGGGGCUGCAGAUAAUUCAGGCAACCUGUCUGGAAAUGAAGAUGUAGUUUCUCUGUCGGACAUCGUCCCUGAGACCAACAUCUGUUUCUAAAAACACUCCCAGCAAUGAGAGACUUCUGGAAACGGCGAGGUGGGUAGAAGAAAGGCAAAAUGAACUGGAGUCAGUCAUCCACCGCAGACCCUCCAUCGCUCCUCUGCUGUUUUGUGACCUCUGCAGUUUAUACAGUAGCCACCGAAUAAAACAGCAUGGUUUGUGACCGUGA